CAUUAUAACUUCGUACUUGGACGAUGGCUUCGUAAUUCAUCGUAACUCGUGCGAGUUCAGCGAGUCUCGACAAAUAUACGGAAGCACUCUCUUCGGUUUCUCUCUCGAACGACGUUACAUUGGUUACACGAGAUGGCGGAAAAAAAAGCGUGUUCCGGGCCGGGUUAUAGGAGCCCGAAGGUGGCAAUGCUCGAAGGACCGUGCGAGAAACUUUUGUACGUCAUUGGCAUACACACGAAUCCUGAAAAGGCCGAUGUCCUCUGUACGGUGGAUGUGGAUCCCGACAGUCCAACGUAUUGUCAGAUAAUACACAAAUUGAGAAUGCUAACGGCCGGCGACGAGUUACAUCACUCUGGCUGGAAUAUUUGUAGCAGCUGUCACGGAUUGUCCGGUCGUAAGCGCGAUACGCUGGUAUUGCCAUGUCUUAUGUCGGACCGAGUGUAUCUGAUUGAUACGAGCAAUGAGAAAAUGCCCAGAAUUAAAAAGGUUUUGGAACCAGAAGAGAUGCACAAAUAUGGGAUAUCCACACCGCAUACUUCUCAUUGUCUGCCAAACGGAGAGAUAAUCAUCUCCACCAUGGGAAAUCUUAAUGGUGACGGACUGGGUGAAUUUUUCUGCAUUGAUGCAGAGACCCUACGAACGAGAGGUACAUGGACCAAGAGCCAAGAAAAAGCAGCUUUCGGAUAUGAUUUUUGGUACCAACCGUAUCACGAUACACUCAUCGCUACAGAAUGGGGUGCACCUAGAGUUUUUAAGAAGGGAUACAUCCCGAAGGAUAUUCAUGACCCCAAGAUCUAUGGCAGAAGUUUGAACGUUUACUCGUGGAACGAACGGAAGCUAAAACAGACCAUUAAUUUGGGAGAUGAGGGAAUUGCACCUCUUGAAAUAAGGUUCCUUCAUAAUCCGUUGGCAGCCGAAGGAUUCGUCGGCUGCGCGGUAACGUCGAAUAUUUAUCGAUUUUAUAAAGCGAAGGAUAAUUCGUGGAAGGUCGAAAAGGUGAUUCAGGUACCACCGAAAAAAGUCGAGGGAUGGAUCACGCCUCUGAUGUCAGGUAUGAUCACCGAUAUUCUGCUGAGUCUAGAUGACAAAUAUCUAUAUCUGUCUAAUUGGUUGCAUGGCGACAUUAGACAAUAUGACAUUUCCGAUACGAGAAAUCCGAAAUUAACGGGUCAAGUCUUCUUAGGAGGCUCAAUAUUGAGCGAUUCGCAGGUACGUGUGAUACAGGACGAAGAAAUGAGCAGUCAGCCCGACCCCGUCUACGUGAAGGGACGUAGAUUGUAUGGUGCACCGCAAAUGUUGCAACUAAGUUUGGAUGGACGUCGUUUAUAUGUAACUACGUCGAUUUUUAAACCAUGGGACAAACAGUUUUAUCCCGAGCUCCUCAAAUAUGGAUCAACGAUGGUAAAACUUGAUAUCGAUGUAGAAAAGGGCGGAAUGAAGCUCGAUUGUCAAUUUCUCGUUGAUUUCGGCGCUGAUAAAAGCGAUAUUUUACUGGCACACGAGAUGAGAUAUCCUGGUGGAGAUUGCACCUCCGAUAUAUGGCUGGCAGAGAAACCUUAACUUUAAUGAUUAGAUUGGAAGAGUAGAGUCAAAGGCAUUUCAACAUCUGUGAAAGUAAUAAUAAUGCAGUAGCUUAUAUUAUAGUAUCAUAGUUUCGCACGAUUUUUCUCCGAUGGAAUCUCUCGGAUUUUUAUCGUGUAAAAAAUUAUUCAGAAAUGUUCUUUCGAUAAGGAUAAGAAAUAUGGGUACAGAGGUAAAGUAAUAAAGAAUACUCACAGUAUA